UGACAUACUCGACUUAUGAUUAGUAAUUUGUGUGUAAUAAUUAAUAAAUAAGAAUUUAUGCUUUAGCUGUAAGCCGGUACCCCUUCAUUGAAUUCUCUUGUUGGAAUUAUAAUCGAAAAAUAACCGAUCAUGUUAAGAAAUAAGAUUUAAAAUUGGAAAAGAUUUUUUUAUAGAUACAACGCCAUCAUUUAAAGAUGGAUUGGUCAGCUGUUCGUAAUCAUUUUAAACAAACUUGGCUUACAACUUUAAUGAAUUGUAUAUUAUUUAGUGGAGUUACUUAUUUUUUAGUUUGGGCUGAGGGUCAUGCAAUUCAAAACAACCUAAUGCUAGAAGAGCUUGUAUCAGCAGCAGAGACUAUAGAUGUUCAUUCGAUUGAUGAUCCAGAGAGGUAUGAGGGUCAAGUUGUACAUGUCGUAGGACCUAUAAGAAUAUUGGAGCCAAUAUCUGAACCAGAUUAUAAUAUACAAGUCCAAGCCGUCAAGCUCAGAAAACGAGUUCAAAUGUAUCAGUGGAUCGAAGAAACUACGGAAACAGAUAACUUUAUAAGUGAACAUGCAGAUGAAUCACAGAAGACAUACUGGUACCGGAAAGAAUGGAAGGAUAACGUCGUUGACUCUGCUCUGUUCUACAUCAGACCUGGUCACCACAAUCCUACAUCUAUGCCGAUGUUCAGUGAAACGCAUGUAGCGGAUAAUGUAAAGAUUGGAUGGCUGUUUUUAGGUGGAGAUGUGAAAAGAAAAGUGAAUGAUUAUUAUGAAAUUUGGUCGGAUUCGAGGCCGGAAAGAAGUGAUAUAAAACUCCAUUCGGGAUUCUAUUAUCAUGGGAAUAGCGCAUUGGAUCAUGAAAUUGGUGAUUUACGAAUUCACUUCUCCUACGCGGGACGGGAGGACGAUAUUUAUACAGCUGUGGGAGUGGUAGAGAGUGGUACACUCCAACCGUACAGUCCAACGAACUUCCCCUACGCGGAUCCGAUUUCAUUAUUACGAAAAGGCUCAUACAGUUUAAAGCAGCUCUAUGGUCUUGAGAAAAAGGAUGCAAACACACACACAUGGAAGUAUAGAAUAUUGGGAUUCAUACAGGUUUUCGCUUCAGCUAUGACCCUGCAUCCGGAAUGGAUGACUCUAUUUCUCCAAUCAAAGUUGGUCUCAAGUAACUUGCGACGUUGUACCCGGCUGUGGGUCAAUUUUGUUUUCUCCUUCUCAUACACACUGUUCGUGAUAUCAUUGCCUUGGUUAUUUCACAAAGCGACCUUUGGGGCUCUGUUAUUAGGCGGGGCAUUACUUCCGCUAGUACAUUAUUCGACGCUGUGGCGCGAUUCACGAAGGAACGAACGAGAGUAUCGCUGACAAGGGCUGCACACGGCUUUGCCUGUUUUAGUGGAAAUGUGUGCCAUGGCAUUGAUAUAUGCCUUCAUCGGGUUUCAAGUUGUUGAUAUGUAAAUCUAUUUUUUGAUAUAGGAAGCUGAUUAUUCAUGAAGUCAAACAUCUUUUUUUAUGUAAUAGGAGGCAAAUGGGCAGGAAGCUCACCUGAUGUUAAGUGAUACCGCCGCCCAUGGACACUCACAAUGCCAGAAGGCUCG